AUGUGGGAUAUAUUGGAGGUCACGUAUGAAGGAACCAACAAGGUGAAAGAAAUAAGAAUCAAUCUUCUAGUUCGGGACUAUGAGCUAUUUCAAAUGAAUGAUGGAGAAUCAGUAGAGGAAAUGUUCUCCAGGUUCAGCAAAAUCUUUGGAUAUAUAAAGUCUUUUGGUAGACCAAUAAAAAGUGGAGAACAUGUCAAAAAAACUCUUAGAAGUAUUCCCGUGAUUUGGCAGCCCAAGAUUAUUGCUCUGGAAUGUCAGGACCUUGACAAAAUGCCCUAUGAUGAACUUAGAGGUGAUCUGAUUGCCUUUGAGAAAACUCACUUGGACAGGCAGAUUCAACAAGAAAAGAAGAAAACGGUUGCUUUUAAAGAAACUGUGGCUGAACCAGAAAAUGAAGAGGAAGAGGAAGGAGGAGAACAGGAUAAAAACAUAGCCAUGCUCUCUCAAGUUGUAACAAGCAUGAUGAGGAAAAACAGAAAUAACAGGAAAGGAAAAUCAAACUUCAAAAAAGGAAGGAUGAAUAAUGAAAAUGAUAAAAAUGAUGGAGGAUGCUAUGAAUGUGGAAAGAAUGGACACAUUCAAGUUGAUUGUCCCGAACUGAAGAAGAAGCUCAGCAGGAACUUUCAAAAGAAGAAGUCCUUUGGAGCCUGGAGUGAUGAAGAAGAAUCUGACCAUGAAGAAAUUGCAAAUAUGUGUUUCAUGGCCAUAAAAGAAGAUAGCAAUGAGGACUCAUAUGAACUUGGGCUCAUGGCAGAUGAAGGAACAAAUGAAGAAGAGGACUCAAGUGAACUUGGUCUUAUGGCAGACGAGGGAACCAGUGAGGUACGGCUUCCUACAUGUCCCAACUGUUAUGAACUCCAAGAAUUUAUUGAAAUUACUCUUGCAGAUAUUGAGAGAGUUCUAAAUGAACUCAGAAAAAUUCAAAGAGAAAAGAAAGACUGGGCCUUGAAGCUGGAAGUCUAUGAAAUUGAGCAUGAUAUGCUUCAAGAUGAAGUUAAUAAACUUCAACUUCAACUGAAUGGAUUGCGAAAAUCCACCAGUCAUGGUUCUGUCAAAUCAAAUGAGAUUGUUCCUCAUAUAUCUUUGAUUAGAACUAGAAAUUCCCAUGCAUGCUCUUAUUGCGGUAAAAAUGGUCACAACACUAACCAAUGCAGGAAUAUAAUUAGAGCAGAAAGAGGCUCUGAAAAUCCCAAUAAUACGUCUUGUUUUUAUUGCAAAAAAUUUGGUCACACUUCUAACCAUUGCAGGUUCAAGGACAACAGAAGAUGGGUCUGGCGACCUAAAUUCUCUAGUCAAGCUAACACUCACAAAACCAUUCAGGACCCAAGCAGGCUUGGGUACCUAAAAACAAGUAAUUUUGUUUUACAGGAGCACAGCAAGAAGAAUCGAAAAGGAAAAUAG